AAGCUUUUUUUAAUCUUUCAAAGCCAGUACACUUUUGCAGGCACAUUAGUAAUAAUGAAGAUAACAGUUACGCCCCCCCCCCCCCCCAAAAAAAAAUGAAAAAAAAUAGAUUAUCUUCAUCUGGCGUUCAGUUAUUAUUCAUAUUCGUUUUCGCACAUUGUGUCAUGCAGCUAGUCAAACCAGAAACUGACAUGACUUUUGCAAAGUACACUUGUGAUGUUAUUCAUUUGUCCCCAAGCCCCAAGGUGUCCAAUGUGGGGACAAGUCUUAGAGUCAAAAACUGUCAAUUCCCCCACCCCCUUGGGACAGAUUCUUGUUCAAAAGUGCUUUCAUUAUUUCAACGUGUAUUUUUUUGAAAAAUGAGAACAUAUACCAGUGUCGAUUUCUUUCUUUCGAGGAGAAAAAAAGCGUUUUUAAACAUGCUUUCAGAAUUAGUAGUCUUUAAAAACAAUGCACGAAAAAGGGUAAGUCACUUAAAUGAAACUGGGAGGGAAGAAAAUGGAACCUUCAUCAGAUAUUAUGGUUGUUCUUUCUCUAAUUGCCUGCUUCCAAAUACAUACUUUCCGCCAAUCAUAUCGCACUAUUGCCUGAUAUUGGUCACGUGAACCUUAGUUGUCAAUCAAUGUCAUCCGGGGUUUUUACGAAUCCAACUAAAGGUUUUAUGGAGGUUAGAAGAAAUGAAACGACCACUGUUUUGGUCUUUUUUGGCCUUAUUUUGCGGAUUAUUAAGGGCGGAUUAUUCUAGUGGUCUGCAGACAUGUGAAUCGUUUGGUCAGCUUUGUCACGAGACUGGAGAAUGUAAUAACACCAUAGUCUGCAACUUCAGAGAGAGCCACUGUUACACUCUGUGGGAGAAUACAACAGAGGGAGUUAACAUCAUAAAAAAAGGUUGCUUUAUUCGCAACCAUCUUGAAUGUCGUGGGGAUCACCAAUGUCUAGGCACACCUAGGACAAAAGGAGGAAGAACAGUGUUUUUCUGUUGCUGUUCAGAUCACUUCUGUAAUGCAAAUUUCUCUAUAGCCCCUAAAGAGGACUGGGAAAGAGAUGUACACUCACCCCCUAUCACUGGUAUCACCACACUACAUGCAACAGCAAGACCAUCAAGAGAUGUCCAAAAACAUGACAAUCUGCAAACUCUUCUCUACUCCAUUGUCCCUAUAUUUGGAGUCAUUCUGAUUCUUGCUUUUGUAUGGUUUAUGUAUAAUCACCAAAAGGGUAUAAGCUCUAGAUCAUGUAAUGCUGAAGAAUCAGAGCCUAUCAAUAUUACAACUACACCUUUACAAGAUGUGAACAGAAGGCCAAUACAACUCCUGGAGGUUGUCUCCCAAGGACAGUUUGGAGUGACUGUAUGGAAAGCAAAGUACUCAAUCAAUACUGUGGCAGUCAAGAUAUUCCCCCACCAGGAAUUUACUGCAUGGGUUAAUGAAAGAGACUUCUAUAAGCUUUGUGGCUUGGACCAUGAAAAUGUACUCACAUUUAUUGGUGAUGAAGUUCACCAUGAGAGCCAGUACAAUGGUCAAAUAUACACUGAAUAUUGGCUAAUUACAGACUUCCAUGAAAAUGGCUCCUUGUCAGAUUUCCUGAAACAACGCUCUCUUGACUUAGCAGAACUGUUGCAGCUAGCAUCAAGUGUUUGUGAUGGGCUGGCAUACUUGCACUCUGAUGUGCCUGCUAUUAAUAACUCCAGUCACAAGCCAUGUAUAGCACACAGGGAUGUAAAGAGUAAAAAUAUUCUUGUCAAGAGUGACUUAACGUGUUGUAUCUCUGACUUUGGUCUGGCUUUGAAGUUUGACCAGAGUGACAAGCUUGGGGAGACUCAUGGCCAGGUUGGAACUAAAAGAUACAUGGCACCUGAGGUGCUUGAGGGUGCUAUAAGUUUUACUCGUGAGUCAUUCCUGCGUAUUGACAUGUAUGCUUGUGGCCUGGUGUUAUGGGAGUUGUUGUCACGGUUCUCAGUUCAUGAUGAUCCAGUGGAGGACUAUAGACUGCCAUUUGAGCAAGAGGUUGGCCUACACCCCUCAUUAGAAGACAUGCAGCAGGUGGUCGUGCAGAAAAAGAUGAGGCCACAGUUCAAGGAUUCUUGGAGAUGUCAUGCGGCAUUGAGGGUAAUCAUACAGACAAUAGAGGAAUGUUGGGACCAGGAUGGUGAAGCUAGACUAACGUCGCAUUGUGUUGCCCAGAGACUCAAGCAAGUUGCCAUCGUUCCUACAUGUACUGAACAGGUUUCUAUAGUCACACCUGUUAUCAAUAACAGAACUACUCCACCUUCCAGAGAAUCUAGCAUCUAAACGUGUAAUCAACAACUUUCUUAGGUUGAUGAAGAUAUACAACAUAUUUUUGUUGUGUGCUGGUAUUCUACGGCUGCUUCAAAAUUAUUUUAAUAUUUAUUUGUAUUCCAGGAGGUGGAUGUUCUCUUUUAUUUUAUAUAAAUUAGCCAAUUCUAACAAUCUAGCAUUAUUUCCAUGUAUAAUCUGAAAUCUCGCUCUUUUGUAUUUAUUCUAGUACUCUAUAUGCAUCUGAGGUUAUAGUGCAGGUCUUUUUGACUCUAGGCAGGCCCUAGUAUUGGGGAUAAGGGUCAUGCUUGCUAAUGGUCUCAAUAUAUCCAUCGUAAUCCAUUGCGUUCCAUAUUUUGAAUAUAAACCAUACUAGAACUUUGUUUGUAAAUAGCCUUUCGAUAUGCAUUAUAAUCCGCUAAAAAUUCGAUUUGUUUCUCAGUCAUUCUUUAAUCAAGACAGAAUUUUAUCCUGUCGUAUGUACAGUUAGCCCACUUGACAUUAUUGCAAAUGUAUAUAUUUUUUUCCUGGACUGUUUGACCAGUAGGAAUUCAGGGCAAUCACCUUUCUUGUCAGUUGAUGAUUGAGUGUUGGUGCAUUGAUCUAAAUCAAUUUUAAAUCCGGUACGAAUUAGUGUACAGUCAGUUGUCAUUUGAAACUUGCAUGAUGUUCGUCACGUGUCUGGCCAAGGCAUUUAUUAUAUGUAGGCCCUGUUCAGCUAAAAGGCCCAGACAACAUCAAGAAAACCACAUCGUUGAAUUUCUCUGUUUAGAGUUGUCUCAAUCGUAGGUAGGUCGUUCAUCGUUUUAAAACAUCCAAAAAUCCAAAUGUAUGGAUAACAAAGGACUGAGGAUGUCGUAAAAACAUCUCGAAAUACGACCUACUUUUUGUCUUCUGGGCCUUUUUGCGUGGCGAGGGCCUAUAUUUUUUUCUGUAAACUAUAUUGCAAAAUCUUUAUCAGGCCAUUUAUCAGUUUAUUUCAUAUCUCAUGUGCUUAUUUAGUUUAUUCUAUUUGGAUUCUUGACUUCUUUAUCACUAGUUCAUCUCUUGUAGCUAGAAUAUCUUGAUUUCUAAAGAACUUGCCACUUAAUCAUCUCGAAUAAUGAAAGAAUGUGCUGCCAGGCAGCAUUGGAACUUUCUGCUGUUAUUUCUUAAUAGAACUAGGAUCAGUUUCACGAUAACCGUCCACUAGAAGUUCAUACUGAUACUUCACACCUCAAUUCCCCUUAGAGCGAGGAAGUGAAUACAGUGUACGGUUAUUCUGAAGUUUGGUUGUUUAGGGUACCAUUAGUAUGUAAUUAUUGCCAAUUAUCUUAUAUAUCUACAAUUUAAACGAGCGUCGCUAUGAUGUUUUGGCAAGGGCAAUAGAUCAAACUUUUUUCCUCUGAUUAAUAUGGAAGAAAAAUUGAUUUUUAACUUGCCUCACGCCAUCGCGAGGUUUAGAUGACUUCUAGAUCAGGGCCAAGUAAUCUCUUCGCCAUAGCCAGUUUUAGAUGUCUUCUAGAUUAGGGCCAAGUAAUCUUUUCUGUGAUAUCUUAACGGGGAUUUUAGUUUGGUUUACUCAUAUAUCCUUGUACAAUAUUUUUCUGUAAGUAUGUGCCUUUAAGAGGCCACGUGCGCCCAUAAGCACACCCCGUGCGCCCAUAAGCACACCCCGUGCGCCCAUAAGCACACCCCGUGCGAACCAGAACAGCUAGUGCUGCCUCGCUCAGUUGUGUGCGUAAAUACGCCACGUCAUCGUGUAACUUGGUGUGCAAGAACAAUCAAGACAUUGUUAGGAUAAAAAUGCUACCUUUUCUAACCUGCGCUGUACUGCAAAAGGUUUAAGGCGUCAAGGUUAGAGUAAGGGAAGGACACAAGACUUUCAAUGGUCUUGGAACGAAUAAAAAAGCUUUGAAAACGUGGGUAUUUUCUUGGCGCACAAGGUUUGUUUGAUAUUUUAUUUUCGUGUAAUGAAAAAUGUGCUCGAAAAGCCUGGGAAAAUGUCCACGUUGAGACUAAUGAACACACUUAACUAGCUUGUCCCAUGAUGCGAGGUCAUAUGAUUUACAAAAUAAUCAUAUUCUAUCCUCAGUGAUAAGAUUACCCGUACUUCAUAGUUAAACCAAAAAAACCUUGUAAUUGGAUAUAUGCCGUUUUGAGUAAGUUAACGUCCGUAUUCAAUCGUUUCUACUUUUGAAAUACACUCAAUGCCAUCUUGACAUACUUGAUUAUUAUUUGAAUGAAAUUCUGCUAUAUUUGUGGCAUGGGAUUUCAAGAUGACUUUUUCAUGUGCGCCCUUUAAGAUCCUCUGGCGGCCAUGUUAGUCUCUGUUAUAUUUAGCUUCUCACUGAUUUUAAGCCAUUGCAAUUCCAUGCCAUAAGUUAUUUUAAAACGUUUGUACACAAACAUAUUAACAAAGAAAUGAAUUAUUAAUCAUCGAA